ACCGCCCCACUCACAAUCCUAUAAAAAACAUUCCCUUUUUCUACUUCUGCAACACCUUUCAAUUUUCAACUAAAAAAUAAAAAAGCUGCACCACCUUUUUCUCUCUCCCUCCCUCUCUCUCUCUCUCAACUUAUUUUGAGUACAGCUAAAGUGUGUUCCUUUCAACUUCAUCCUUUGAUCAUCAUCUUCUUCUUCAUCAAUCCAUGGACACAACUCAGUGGCCUCAGUAUUUAUUUAAUUAUUUUGAAUAUUGAAGGAGAUUAUGGUGAAGCCAUUAAUAGAAGGUAAUAUUAUAGCAACAAAUACAUGUGAAAAACCUAUGUUGGAGAGGAAGCCAAAACAACAGAAACAAGAAGCAAUUAACUGUCCAAGGUGUAAUUCAAUUAACACAAAAUUUUGUUACUACAACAACUAUAGUUUGACACAACCAAGAUAUUUCUGCAAAACAUGUAGAAGGUAUUGGACUCAAGGUGGAUCCAUUAGAAACAUUCCUGUUGGUGGUGGUUCAAGAAAAAACAACAAAAAUAGAUCUUCUUCCAGUUUUGUUUCAAAUCCAUCACCUUCAACAAAAAACAUACUUGAUGAAAACCAAAACCAUAAGAUCCAUCAUGAAGAAGGACAAGAUCUAAAUUUAGGGUUUCCUCACAUCUCUGAUUUGGUUCAGCAAAAUAACAACACUUCUUCUUCCACUUCUUCAGCAUUGGAGCUUCUUACUUCAGGGUUUAGUUCAAGUUCAAGGGGUUUGCAUUCUUUCAUGCCUGCUCAAGUUCAAGGUUGUGGAUUUCCUUUGCAAGAUUUUAAGCAAGUACCAAUGAAUUUCUGUUUAGAUGGGAUUGGUGGAAGUGGUUAUGCAAGUCUUGAUCAUGGUGUUCAAGAGACAAUUAGUGAAGGGAGGGUUUUGUUUCCUUUUGAGGAUUUGAAACAUGUUUCUAGUACAAAUAACCCAACAAUAUUGGAUUUGGAUCAGAAUAAUAAUAAGGAGGAUCAACAAGGAUAUUCAACAGGGAUUUGGACUGGAAUGUUGGGAGGAGAAGGAGGAGGAUCAUGGUUUUGGGGUGUGUCAGUUGCUGAAAAAUACAUGUCUGCAUUAAAGCAAGUAUCACCUUGACAUGAAGAUGGUUACUACUCAAUCUAGCUAGAGAGGAAUAAAAGCCAGCCAGGUGAUGAUACUUCUGAUAUCUUCACGUGACAUUGCAUUCAAUAACUUAUAAGUCAAGCUUAAUCAUAAAUAAAUG